CGGUGUGUCAGCCGGGGGAAAGCGCGCGGCCGGGGAGCGCCCUCUGCGAUGUCGCAUGAACGCGGGCUGCAAUAGCGCGCGAACGCGGCCGAGGAGCGCGGGCUGCGAUAGCGCGCGGGGAAACGGGCAGAGGCAGUGCAGCAUCUCGGUGUCAGGAAGAAUGAAGAGAGAGCCGCACCAGCGAACUGUCAGCGACCAGCGAAUCAGACCCUACACAAGCUUUUGACAUGAAGAAAGAUUUGGAGGCAUUAAUUGCAGAAGAACGGGCUGAAAUCAUUUCUAAUUAUAACAAGGGCAGGCAAGAUGGAGCAGCAAUUGAUUCAGAAGACUUCAAUAUGUAUAAAGCUGUAGACAGAUUUGGCUUUCUGCAUGAAUAUGAACUACCCACGCCAACUGCACUGGAGGAGAAGCAAAAACAUGUGGAAAUUGAGAGAAUACCCAAAUGGGUAAAAAUGGUUAAGAAGUGGGACAAAUACAGAAACAGUGACAAGAUGAUCCGUCGAGUUUACAAAGGAAUCCCACUGCAGCUUCGUGGUCAGAUUUGGUCACUACUGUUAGAUUUGGAAAAGUUAAAAUCUGAAAAUGAAGGGAAAUAUGAGAAAAUGAAAAUACAAGGACAGAAGUUUUCAUCAGAAAUUAAACAAAUAGAUCUUGAUGUAAAUCGCACUUUUAGAAACCAUAUCAUGUUUCGAGAUCGAUAUGGUGUGAAACAGCAAGCUUUAUUUCAUGUACUCAUCGCCUAUUCUGUAUACAAUACGGAGGUGAGCUACUGUCAAGGAAUGAGCCAGCUUGCAGCCAUUCUGCUAAUGUAUUUGAAUGAAGAAGAUGCAUUCUGGGCUCUUUCUCAACUACUGACUGAUCAGAAGCAUGCAAUGCAUGGUUUUUUCAUUCCUGGAUUUCCAAAGCUCCAGAGGUUUCAAGGACACCAUGAUCAGAUUUUAAGUAAACUUAUGCCAAAGCUCAAAAAACAUUUGGAUAAAGAACAGAUGUCUACAGGAAUAUACACCACCAAAUGGUUUCUGCAGUGCUUUAUAGAAAGAACACCAUUUACACUCACGCUCCGAUUAUGGGAUAUCUACAUUCUGGAGGGAGAGAAAGUACUUUCUGCAAUGGCAUAUACCAUCAUGAAACUGCACAAAAAGCACCUUGUGAAGAUGUCAUUGGAAGACCUCCGAGAAUUUCUUCAAGAAAUUAUGUCCAAAAACUUUCAUUAUGAAGAUGAUUUUGUUAUUGAUCAACUGGAAAAGUCAAUAAAUGAGCUUAGAAAACUGAAGCUUGAACUUCCUCCACCAGCGAGACCUGAUGAGUUUCCCUGCAAACCAUUAGGACAGGAAGUUUCUGUUACUUUAGCACCAGAGAAGACUAACAUCAUGGCCAAUGGCAAGAAUGAAAAUAUUAAUGCUCCACCCAGUGCCUUUGAGCGUGAUGAUGAGGUAAAUGGAAAAUCACCAGAAGAAAAUUACCUGCAGCCUCCUUUCUCUGAGACCGAGAUUCCUUCUCCAGAAGAAUGUCAAACUGCUGUGGGGAAAAGCAUUACUGAUUUGGAAAUAGGUAAAUCUCAAGCUCCAGUUCAUGACAGUUCCAAAUCUUCCUCAGAAGACCAAACUCAAUUACCAAAAGAAAGUGAAGCACAGCUUUCAGAAGCGAGUCAACCAUCCAGUCUAGAGGUUACAGAACAAUCACCAAAGAAGGAAAAUAUUUUACCUGUUGAAAGUAUUGAGACUUGUACUGCAGAAGAUAAUGCAGUCCCAGGUUUAGAAGUUAACCUUAUAGUUCCAGAAAAAGAGACCACCAACUCUCCAGAAGAAACUACAAUAAAUUGUCAAGAUAUGAGCAAAGCAGAACGUACAGGAACUAAUGAAGUAAUUGUAACUGAACCUUUGCAAGAACAAUCUGCAUGCUCUUUAGAACUCAUAAACACAGCUACUGAGUUCCCACAAAGAUUCGAGACAUUUGCAUCAGAGUCAGUGAAUGAGGAGUCACUAGAUAAAGAAUAUAGCAGUACUGAGGCGGCUCUGCAGAGAAAUAAUGAACUUAAGGAAACAGAAAACAGUGAGAAUAUUCCUUUACUUUUAGGAGAGUCUUCAUCAGCAGCGCUGUUGUCUCAAGAAACACAUUUAUUGGUUCAAUAUCCACAACAAACUCUUUCUGAUAUGAAUGUCCCUCAUCAGCUGGAAGUACAUAACCUUAUUGAAGAGCCACAUUCUAUAUCGACAAUGAAACUUUCAUCUCCAGAGGAAGAGGAAUUAUUCUUUACUUUAACGCAUGAAACUGCAGUUGAUUUGAGCAGCAGAACAAUAGAAGAUAUGAGUGAGUUGCAAAGUGGAAAAAGAGUUUCAAAUGUUUCUCUGUACGACAAUUCCAGUGUUUCGCAAUAUGAAUAUCAGUAUGAUCAGAUUAUUUCAGAACCAGUUAUUCAUUAUGAUGAAGUAUGUGCACUUCCUCAGAAGGAACUAGUGGGAUCAGAAUCAAUGGACGUGACUGCGACAGUAGCUAAUUCAUCAUUGACAUUAGAUUUGAUAGAUAAGCCACAACCUGUUGAACAAUCCUCAACAUUUUACCAAUGGUCUUGCAACACUUAUGAGCCUGAAAGCUAUGUCAUCUCUUCUGCUCACCAGAGUCCUUCCAAAUAUUCACCACCAGUGCACAAGCAGGAUCCUAUAAGAAAUCAGAAUGUACAGAGUCCGGAGCAACUGACAGCUAACACUCAGACCUCACCUAUCAGGCAGUGUUUAAGUAGCUCUUGUAAAGUAGUAAGGUCAAUGACUUCAGUUCACAUGGCACAUGCAGCUGAGCAGAAUCUUAUAAAUUUCAGGCACAUGGCACUGCCUCCACAGGAUGACUUGCAGUUGAUUGCAACAUGUGAUGAAAAAGGGACUUGCACAGUAAAAGAGAUUGACUUCCCUGAAGCUAUUAUUCCAGUUAGCAACAUAAACUUGGAUGAAACUGUAAGUCUGUUAAAAAUACCAGCUCAUCCUUCCUAUACUGAUACAACUAUACAACAAGAAAAUGCCACAGACGAAACUUCAAAUGUAGGCUCAGAGGAGUGUUUAGCAGUAUCUCCAGAGUACCAAGAUCAUGACGUUGUUACAUUAUGACAAGUCAUUCAAUUUUACUAUUAUGCACUUCACAUUGAUCAAAUGUUUAAUGUAUUGCAAGCAUUUUAUAUGAUAAAGGCAGCCAUACAUUUUCCACUCAUUUAAAUAAUUGUUUAACUAUGCUUUAAGGAGACCUGUAUGGUGAUUAAUUGAUACAAAAAAAUCUAUGCAAAUUGUCUCAUUUCAUAAAUUUACAUAUCUAACAAAGAUAUUGUAAGGUCCUUCAUUCUGCAAAUCACAUAGAAAAGAUGGAUACAGAUAAAUACCCUUAAACAUUUCAUUAAAUGUUUAUUGUAUUGUGGUCUAUAUAAUUGUAAGUCACACCACAUUUUGUUUAUCCCAGUGCAUAAUCACCUUCAAAUGCAUGAAACAAGUGAGCAGGCUCACAAAAUGGCAAAUACUGUAGCACACUUUCACACAAGGAAGUUUGACAUUGUUUUCCCAGGUGGACUGAUAUUUUACCAUCAUAUUAAUAGCAGCCAAUGCUAAUUGGAUUUUUCAUGCAAUUUUUCUGCCUUAUUUGAUUUUGAUAUGUAUAAUACAGGAAUUGCAAUGAAACUAAUUCUUCAGUAAAAAAUGAUAACAUUGCACACAAAUGAAUUUUUUUAAGUCUUUGGAGUAUUCCUUGUACAAUAUGUACUUAAAAGAGUACAUAAUUUGCAUAUGUUACAACAAUAUUUGUGUAAAUAAGUGCUGGGAAUUUCUGACAUGAUUUUUAGUCUCCUGUAACUACAGUUUUUAAUGAUGUGGAAAAAUAAUAUAAAUAUCUGUGUUGUGAUGUUCAAGGGUCAGAGAAGUAGUUGUUGAUGUUUACUAUAACUUUUAGAAAGAAACUUUGGCAAAACAGUGUUGAAGCUAAGCCUGUAAUCACUUUUUUUUGUGAGGGGAAAAUAUUUGAAGCCAUUCCCUGGCACUUGCCUUGCCUGUAGCGAUGAUCAAUGUAACUUUUUGGUCAGAAUUGAGAAGCUAUUAUUAUAUGACAUCAACUCAGGAAUACAGUAUUCUUGCUUGGUGACCACCUGCAAGUAGUAAGUAUUUGCAGCAACCAAAAGAGGACAAAAAUGGUGCUCAGCACAAAAAUUGUUAGUUGUGUAAAAUGUGUUCUAAUGGAAGAAAUAAUAACCCUGAGAACUGAAUGGGAAUAUUUAACUGAUGUGUGAUGUACAUAGUAUUUUUUUUGUAUAGUCUGUUCUUAAUUUUGCACUUUCUGUAUCCGUUAUGGACAGGCACGCCACAUUUUCUUUAAAAAGUUUUACAGUUUCAAUGAUGGAUUGAUAACAUGAACAUAAUAUUGCUCUACUUGUUUAAUAGUGUAAAUUUACUUCUGCAGGGCUUUUACUUUAGCCACAUUUUCUGUUCUUUCAUUAGGAACAGGCAAAUUAAUUUGAAUAGUGUGGAAACAUUAUUUUGUGUCAUGAUUUACAUUGUUUCUAAGCACCAACAAUAUUGUAAACAAAGCUUUAUGAACAUUUUGAUGUGUUGCAUUGUAAUUUGUAUCCUAAAUUUAAUGUGGUGAAAAUAUGAUUUCAUAAAAAUAUACUCCUGUCU